UAGGAAGUCGGUCAACUCAAAUCUCUCUGUGAAGAAUAUUUGCUACAUCUUCUCUCGAAGAUUGUUAUUUCUUUUGAACAUUAUUGCGCUUUACUCGUCUUAUUCUACCGGCGAUAUUGCCGACAUUUCAUUGGCUACAAAUUGCCAGGGAGAUCUCCGCCUUGGUAUUUAGCAAGAAGUACUUUAAAUUUCAUGCACAUUCAUCGGAAAAUGGUGAAGCUGGAAUAUAUGGAGAAGGAGAUGAAUGCCAGCUUGCCCCCUCCUCACUCCACUCCGGCUCCACCGCCGCUUCAUAGGAGCAAGGGGUUGUUUUCAGUGGAGAGCAUGUUGUCACCCAAGGAAGGGGGCACCAUCAGGCGCGACCAUCACCACCCUCAUCAUCAUCUUCUUCAACAUCGACACACUCCUCCCCAUCUCCAUCAUCCUGUCAUGACCAAGAUACAUGAGCCCAUUAUUAGAAUGGAGUCGCCUCCCUCCAAUCAGACUUCCAUCACUGAAUCCGAGAGUUUUAUGAGACAUCAUCGCGAGGUCGCCUCCAAGGAUGACGAGGAAGAUGAAAUGGUGAAUGAACAGGACAUUGAUGUGGAACAUGACCACAAGAAUGAUGAGGAGCAGAAAAUGAGCGACGUUGAGACGGACAGUGAUAAGAAAGAUGAGAAUGAUGGUGAGAAGGAGAAGGAGAAGGAAGAGGGAAAUGAUGAGGAGAAGAAAGAUGACAAGGACGGCAACUCGACUACGAACAGUGUGCCAAGAAACAAAUACGGUGAGAAACCUCCAUUCAGUUACAAUGCUCUUAUCAUGAUGGCUAUUCGCUCGAGUCCAGAGAAAAGACUAACUCUAAAUGGUAUCUAUGAAUACAUCAUGACAAAUUUUCCAUAUUAUCGUGAGAAUAAGCAGGGAUGGCAGAACUCUAUCCGUCAUAAUCUGAGUUUGAACAAAUGUUUUGUGAAAGUCCCUCGACAUUAUGACGAUCCAGGCAAGGGAAAUUACUGGAUGCUGGAUCCAUCAAGUGAUGAUGUCUUCAUUGGGGGUACCACGGGGAAGCUGAGGAGGAGAACGACAGCAGCUUCUCGUAAUCAUCGCCUAGCUCAGCUAAAACGAGGCGUUCCUUACAUGCAUGGUGGUUUCCCAUUUCAACUAAGGACUGAUAAACCAUAUCACAUGUAUUGGCCAUCGGGACCCCUUCUACCUUACCCACACCCGGCUCACCACAACCAUCCCGCACUCAGGUACGACAUGUCUGGCUCAGCCGCCGCCGCUGCGGCAGCAGCAGCCAUCACGGCCGAGCGACUCUCCGCAGAGCGACUCGCAGCGACAGGUGCAACGGGGCCAUGCGACUCCGCCUCUCUGUUCCCGGCCAACCACCCGCUACCCAAACCCAUUCCCGGUCAUGGUUUCUCGGUGGAGCGGCUUCUCAGUCAACAUGAUUCACCUUACAGCGUAUCUCCAACUGCACGGUUAGCUUCGCCUAACUCAGCCAUGGCCGUGGCAGCAGCUGCCGCAGCUGCAGGCUUCGUUUGCUCCGGGCUCCCGCAACUUCAGGUGAGCACAUCGGGUGAAAGUCCAACCUCUGGUUGCUGCUAUCCUCAUCUAUCUUACUCACAACCUUUUCAACCUGGUUCAUCGUAUGCUGACCUCUACUCUGCUGGGCUAGCUCAUCGACUACCUGUGUUCCCUCCCGGGAUGCUACCCGUCUCGGCUAUGCCUCAAGCUCCGCCUAUUCACGGCAAGUAAAUAACCCC